GCCUUCAAGGAUUGCAUAAUAUUCAUGGAAGCUUCAACCUGCCAACUGUGCCUGGUUCGCUUGCAUCUAGAGAGGCCGCAAUGGGUGUUGUACCAUCAGGUGGUGUUCAGCAACCAGGAGGAAGCAUUCCUAGUGGACGGUUCUCAUCAAACAAUCUUUUGGUUGCAUUAUCUCAGAUGCCUCAUGGCUCUGGUGUCACAAAUAGAGGGGGUAUUAAUGUUGUUGGAAAUCAUGCUUUUAGUAGUAGUAAUAUUAAUGGAGUCACUGGGUCAAUAACUGGUAUUUCCUCAAGUUCAGCUUAUGGGAAUCGUAGUUCUGUUCCUGGUUUGGGAGUUUCUCCAGUAUUGAGUAAUGUAUGGCCAAGACUUAUAAGCUCUGUAGGCAACAUUGUUGGCAGUGGUAACAUGGGAAGAAGCAUCAGUUCUGGAGGAUUAUCUGUGCCCGGUUUAGCUUCACGGGUAAACUUAGCUAUUAUGCACAGAGCAAGAAGGAUAAUGUUGGCACUAGUGGAAGAUGCUAAAGAAAAGGGUCCGGGCUCUCAAAAGGAGUCCAAGAGCUCAGAGCAGGCUCGCCCAGUGAGUGUUGAGGGUGCCCAGGUCCCUCAAAAGAAGCUAAACACAAGCACAAACCAGAGCCAAAAUCUGAAUCUGACUCAGAAGAUGAAGAAGAACAACUCGUGCAACAAGAAAGGACCCUACAAGAAUGAGUGUCCAAAGAUGAGAGAUGAUAAACCCAAACUAGCCAGGAAGAAAAAGGCACUCAAGGCGACAUGGGAUGAGUCAUCCUCAAAAGAAUCAGAUGUUGAGGAUCAUAAGUAUCACAAUUACCUCACAUUGAUGGCAACAAGACUGGAAUCAAAAAGCAAGUCUGAGGGUGAAUCAAGCCACGAGUCUGUACUCAUUUCUAAAGUUUGUGGAAAAUCAAAUGUGAACCCACAGUCUAGGGACUUGGUGCUGCAAUUGGUCGAAAGGAUUCUCUCUGGACCGAAAGCUCAAACUAUUAUGUUAAAUGGUGCUGUUCGGAAGGGGGAACGCAUAGUACCACCUGCUGUACUUGAUCUACUCAUGCGGGCGACUUUUCCUGCUUCUACAGCUCGAGUCAAGACAACUGAAAGAUUUGAGACGUUUUAUCCUACUCUAAAAGAGUUGGCUCUUACUGGUUAUGGUACCAAAACCACAAAGCAAGCAUCACAACAGCUUUUGCCUUUUGCCAUCCAAGCGAUUCAAGAAAAUAAUUCCGAGCUAACAAAGGAAGCGACGGAUUUGUUCAUCUGGUGUUUGACUCAGAAUGCUGAGUGCUAUAAACAGUGGGUGAGUUGUUCUUCAAACGUGCUAUUUAUAGCUUUUAUUAUUUUGUAA